UUACAACCUCCGCGGGUUGCGAACCUCUGCGCCCUCACACAUGUGAACUUUUUUAUGUACUGUGGCUUUGGCAUUCGAUUUUUAAAUAAUCGAAUAGACUUUUUUACUUUUUUAGUGAUUUUAAAGAUGGGUCAAGAGGCGUGCAUACGACACGAGUAGGCCAAAGAAGGUCCAACAUACAAACCACAGGAUGUUUUCCUUAUGCCGCCGAUACAAAGAUGAACACGAACAUGGAGGAACACAGAUUAAAGGAGGUUACAUGCUACGGUACAAACGAAAAUAUUUAUGGAACUCGUGGUCGGAAGAAUGGGUGGUUUUGUAUGACGAUUCUACGAUGGCCUGGUUUAAGGACGCAUCGGGCAAAUACAUGGCGACACAGAAGCACCUCGUGAAGGAAAGCCCGGAGAUGCUUGCCAUAGCGAACUGGACAGGGCAAGUGCCGCGCCGGCCACCGCUGCCGCCGGGCGCCCGCCUGUCGCAGCUAAUGGCGCUCGGCUCCCGUCGGGACCCAGGGCACGUGGUCUGGAUGCUGGCCAAGUCGGACACGGAAAUGAAGGAUUGGAUGUCAGCGAUAUCGAAAACACUACCUCCGCCUCCACACAUCGAGCUGGUGAUGUCCAUGCCAUAUCUCCGGACAGCCUUCAAGAAACCAACCGUCAGAGUACGACCUACGUCAUCAGAAAUGUACUCACGGAGCAGUCGCAACGCCGUAGGCGCGCUGGACGGGCGCGGGCUUGUGGCCGUCAUCAAGCGGCAGGUGCCACUGGCGGGACAGCUGGACCACCAGCUUGCCUGGGGCCAAGGGUGGGGCUGGGUGACUUUACCCAACGGCGUCUGGAGCGGACGAUUAACCUGGUCGCAGGAGGGUGAGGACUUCGCCCUGCACGCGAUGCCCAUAAUGCAUCACACCAACGUCUCCCAAGCCUGCUCCAUGCUGGAUGGAGUCACGGCGUACGAAGCCUCAGCAUACGAACAAGCCCUGGCGGAGUACGACGACACAGCUACCACUUCCGACGACUGGGACUUCGGAGUCGACUGCGGAGACUUCAUGAUGUAAAACUGCGAAAACCUAACUCAUACUUGAAUAAGCAACCCCGAUUAUUCUUGCUUGUUUACCUACUUGGCAAUUUCUCUGGAGACAAAGACUCUUUUCCAUACCAUUUUGUCUUUCGUGAAGCGCGAAAAUCAAUCCAACGCAGUAUUUGAGAACAUAUACUCAGGCACCUCGCGCACUAGACGGCCAUGGCCACGACCAGAGGCUGCAAAGAUCAGAUUAACUUAAGUUGGUAUGGUGUCGAGAAACUACUAGGAAAAAGUCGAUAUUGCAAGAAUAAUAACAGUACCGUUAAAAUGAAGAGAAAAGUACAGUCAAAAUGAAAACGCAAUAACUUUUUAUGCGGAUCUUAACGAACUUAUAAUCAAUGAAUUUGUCAUUUUUCAAUACCAUAAUUGUAAAAAUGAAGCAUUGAUUAUGCCUCAAAAAGACACAGAAAAAAUUUAUUCAUGAAUUUCAAGUCAGAACUUUUUAUAAAAACUUCGGUUAUAAAAUUAAUUUGUAUAAGUUUGAUAAUAUUCUUUUAUUCGUAUAACUUUUGCUCAAGACGAUAUUCAAUGUGUAAGUCACAAUAAUUAAGAAAUGUGCCAAAGAAAAGAAAUCAAAACCAAAAUCAUCUUAUGAAUAAUGUAUAAAAAGGACGUUUAUAUCGCGUUCAAAUAUUAUGUGUUACAUAAAAACAUAAAUCGCUCAUAGCUCUCAAAUCAAAAUCAAUUAAUCCAUUAAUCAGCUAUUAUAAAAGUAUAACGACACUCAACUUCAUAUAAUAUUAAAAUUUACUGAAUUACAAAACAAAUACUAGACUUUGACAAUGGUUAACAGCUAUGCACUAAAAUUUUAAACAGCCAAUUUGAAAAAUCUGCAAUCAAUUGUCAAUGAAAAAAUAAAACAAUAUAAAACAAAAGACUCAAUAUCCCUUUAUAGUUGCAUGCUAUAUAUUAUAAUAGGUAGUCGUACGUACUGUGUGUUUGUCAUAGAGAAGAUGUGUGUAGCCAUGAAUUCAUUAGACAAUCAAAUCGUACGAACUUUGGUAAUGUAUCAAUAGUUUAAAAUGGAUAGGAGAUUGCUCGCUGAAUUAAAAGGUUUAUUUUAUUUAAUUCUUUGUUCAAUUAUAAAUAAAUAUACCUUUAUUUUUAUUAUUAAAAACGGGCGAUAGUCUUCCACUUUCUACAUGGGAGAGACCCAAGGGCUCGUGGACAAUUGGCAAUCUUUAGAUACCUUUUAAAGCUAACAAUGACAAUAUGACAUAAUUUAUGUAAUAAAUAUUGUCAAUUUCAACCCUGUUCAUGGAGGUUAGAGAGAAGGAGAACGAUCGCUACGUGCUAAAGCAUUAGCCCGCCUGUCCCUGAAAAUUUGUAGAAUUUAUAGUUCAUUUUUCAGCCACCAGCCGCGCUGCCGUCGCGUAGUAUCUGUGAAGUUAGCUGUUUAUGAGUACAAAUAGAUGAAGUUAGUUGAAUAAUGUACAAAUUUCCUUCACGGCAUUGGUCAUUUCAAAUUAGCGCACAACAGCCCGCUUUUAUUGCGACAACUUAGCGAUCGCAGCGCCUCACUUAUUUUGUCCAUAUUUCUGGGACACUAUUUUCUACAGCCAUCGUUCUCCUUCUCUCUAACCUCCAUGAACCAGUUAAUCAAAUAUUGCCAUUUGUUUUUGGGCCCCGAUGUCGCAUGUCGCAGGGGCAGGCGUCCACAAGCCACGAUGACCGCUUUUUACCAGGUGGGCCGUGUCCUUGUUCGCCAACUUUAUACUGAAUAAUUCUAAUAAUCCUGCGAUAGUUUGACCUCGUUUAUGGGAAAAAAUAUGAUAAUACUUUAGAAUUCUAAAGCAAUAGGUUAUUGCCCAAAAGUUUUAGGCUACCAGCUGCUUCUCAAAACUUCGUUUUGUUGUUUGAGAAGUUCCAUCAUUUUCUUCGUCAACACAAAAGAACGCACAAAAUAAAUACUUCGAAUAACUUUGUUCCAGAACAUUUGUUUUUUUAUUAUGAGAAAGAGUUUAGCGCCAAUUACUAACAAAAAAGAAAUAUUCACGUUAAAUGUCAUAAUUAUUCCUUGUUAUUAUUAUUACAUUUCUUUUUUAAAAAAACAUUUAAAAAUAUAAAAAUGUAUUUUUCAACAUUGCGCAUUUUGAACGACUCAGGGUAAUUAUUUAGAAUUAUAUGUACAUAAUUAUAUUUCACUUGCACAUUUUUUAUAUAUUUUAUAAAAAAAACACGUUUCACGGCAUUUGCCGAAUACAAGUUGUAUGUUUUUUGCAAGUAAUAAAAUAAACGAAACAUUUAGGAUUACAACUUUUUCAAAAUACAAAAAGAAAUAAAUAUUAUGUAUCUUUAUUGUAAUGUAUCUGUUGGCUUACACUAAGGUAAUACUAACAGAUAUGUUAGUUAGAAACAAAUAAAAUGUGAAAUUCCAUUGCGACGCACGAUUUACACGCCGAUCACAGUUGCAUGGGUCCAUUUUUCAAGUGACAUGUUAGCGUAUAUUAGUACGUAUUUACAGAAGCACAUUGCUUCAAAAAAUACACGUAGCCACCGAUACCCAUGCUACGGAGCAAUGAAUAUAAUGAUGCGUUGCUACAUAUUCGUGUCCAGCAUUUGUAGCAUUUAAACUACAUUGGCUACAGAUUCAAGUCAACUACGAGUAUUUUAUGACGUCACUGAAAACUGUUUGCGUCAGUCAGUGAAUGUUAACACCAUACAUUUCAUUCAAUGUCCGUACGCAGCAAUGGAACGAGUCUUUUGUUCAUUGGUAUAAUUUUUAAUAUACUAUUAAUGAAAAUUGUUGUUUGUCUUUACCGUUCAUUUAAAGUUGUUGAUUCAUGACUCGAAAGAUAUUAA